AUGCGCCUCACCCUGCAGGCCGGCCCGCAGCUGACCUUCCAGGUCGACGUGGACCCCGAGCACACGGUGAGAGCCCUCAAAGAGAAAAUCGAGCUGCAGCAGGGCAGGCACGCCUUUCCAGCGGCGCAGCAACGGCUGCUGUAUGCCGGCCAAGUCCUCCAGGACGGCGCUGCUCUCAAAGACUACCACCUGGAUGAGCACACAGUGGUAGAGGUGCUGCUGGCCGAGCCCAGCGCAGCUGCCACUGCAGGGCCGGCCGUGCCCAGGGCCACGGCCACCAGCAUGGCCACGGGCACAGACACGGCCACGGGCACAGACACGGCCACCAGCACGGCCACGGCCACCAGCACGGCCACGGCCACCAGCAUGGCCACAGCCACCAGCACGGCCACGGGCACAGACACGGCCACAGCCACCAGCACGGCCACGGGCACAGACACGGCCAUGGGCACAGGCAGGGGCGAGCAGUCACAGCCUGCCCCCUCUGCUGCCCUGGCGUCCAGCCCGUGGGCAGCUGCAGCUCAGGCCCCAGCGCCUGGCCCUGCCUGGGCGGCCACCUCCAACAUGGCGUCUGCCCAGCCCGCCGCACUCGCUGCCCCUGCGCCUGAGCCACCUGCACCACAGGAGGCACCCGCGCCAGGUGCCGCCCUCCCAGCAGCCAGCGACGAGGCCACCGCAGGACCCUUGUCCGGCCCCACGUCCUGGGAGCACGGGGCAGGUGCCCUGGUGUCAGGCCCAGCCUACGAGCAGUCCAUCACGGACCUCGUGUCCAUGGGCUUUGAGCGACGGCAGGUCCUGGCAGCCCUGAGAGCCAGUUACCACAACCCUCACCGAGCCGUGGAGUACCUUCUCGAGGGAAUCCCUGCACACACAGAAGGGCGGGCCGCGCACCAGCCCCCUGCAGCCGCGGGCCGCAGAGCUGCUGGCUCACCAGCAGACGCUGCGUGGACAGCGGCGGCAGAGGCUUUGGCAUCUUCUACCAAACACCUGCUGGACUUUCUCAAGACUGGCUCUGGCCCUGCAGGCCUGGCUCAGGGCCAGCAGGGCUCCAGCGAGCUGACAGCCCAGGAGCUAGAAGCUAUCGACAGGCUGAAGGUCCUGGGCUUUCCUGAAGCACUGGUGAGGCGAGCGUAUCUAGCUUGUGACAAGGACGAGGAGCUGACGGCCAAUUUUCUCAUCGAGCACUACCUGCAGGAGGACUAA